AUGGGGACACCACGGCUCUGCCUCCUCGUCCUUGCAGGGCUCUUCGGCCUCGCUGCCCCAGAAAGCGCCCCCCGCCCUCCGGCACAUGUCCCCCCCACCCCACAGCUCGGCCACCCCCAGGGUGUGCCCCCACACCCGGGUGACACCCAGCUCAGCGUCAAGGAGUUCCUGUGGCAGAAGGAAGGAAGCCGCGACCCCCUGCAGAAGGGCCAGAGCAACGUCCUCAUCUUCAACUCCUUCAACAAGUCCCACCUGGGCACCUACACCUGCACGGCCACUGUCCCCCUGGGCACCGCUGUGGCCACCUACGACCUGUGGAUAGACGACCUGGUAAACCAAGUGUUCGUGUUUCGCCGGGAGACCAAGGACUCCUACGUGCUGGUGCGGGUGAAGCCGGAGCAGCCGCUGCUGAACUUCACCGUGUGCCUGCGCUCCUACACGGACCUCACGCGGCCCCACAGCCUCUUCUCCUACGCCACCAAGGCGCAGGACAACGAGAUCCUCCUCUUCAAGCCCAAGCCCACCGAGUACCGCUUCUACGUGGGGGGCAAGUUCGUCACCUUCCGCGUCCCCGAGAGCUUCUCGAAGAGCGAGCACGUCUGCGCCAGCUGGGAGUCCCCCAGCAGCAUCGUGCGCUUCUGGCUCAACGGGACGCCGUGGCCCCGCAAGGGGCUGCAGAAGGACUACGUGGUGGGCGCCGAGGCCGUGAUCACGCUGGGGCAGGAGCAGGACGUCUUCGGGGGCGGCUUUGACGCCCCUCAGUCCUUCGUGGGGGAGAUCUCGGACGUUUACAUGUGGGACAGGGAGCUGACCACCAGGGAGGUGGGGGCCGCCAUGUACAACAGCCCCUCGCCCGCCCCCAUCUUCGGCUGGAGGAACUUCCCCUACAAGAUCCACGGCGAGGUGUACCUCAAGGGAUGAUGCCCGGGCCAGCCCUGCCGUGCCCUGAGUGAGCUGUGAUUGCCACCGGGGUCGUGUGUCCCCAUGUCCCCAUGUCCCCCUCCCCAUCCCCACCAUGUAACCCCCCACCCCCCUCCCCGUAACCACCCGGCACCAAAUAAAUGAAGAUAUGGGGCUGACAAGCAGCAGCGGCGGGGGAUUUUAUCCCUGGGGGGGCCGCAGGAGAGGUGCCCCCCUUGUCCCACCCUGGGGACAACCCCAACACGCACGUCCCCUCCGUGAGGCCGAAGCAGGGCUGAGCUGGGGCUUCCCAACCAACCGGGGGGCCACCAGGGUUGGGGACAAAAGGGGGGGGGGGGGGGGGGGGGGAGGACGGAGAUGGCCGCUGGGUGGGGGCAAAACACCGGGAGGGGGCAACCGGGGGGCAGCCCCGGUGCUGGUACCCCCGGUUGGUGCAGCCCCAGCGUCCCGGCAUCACGGGGGAUGCAGAAACGGUGCAGCCCCGGUGUCCUGAUGUCCCUUGGGGGGGAGGGGGGGUGAAGCCCCGGUGUCCUGGUGUCCCGGGGGGGG